CCUGGGUGGAUGAAAACUUUUCACUGCUGCUGGUGAAAAAUUAAAAUAAGUCUCAAUUAAAAAUCAAAACUGAAUGGUAUUGUUUGACUGUGAUGUUAAAUUAGUGAAAUGUAAUGUAAAAAAUCAAAAUUUAGUGCAAUCAUGGGAAAAUAUGACAGCAGUGAAUUGUUGGAAGCAAGCAGAAAAGGCGAUUACAAUACUGUUGAGAAAAUCUUAAACCAUCACAAAUCCAAGAAAUCUGCCUUCCACAGUUUACGACGAGGUGUUGGAGUAAACACUCAAGAUAACUCUGGAUACAAUGCUUUGCAUCAUGCAUCUUUAAAUGGACACACCGAUGUAGUUCAGCUUUUACUUUCGCAUGACGACAUCAAUCCAAUAUUAUUAGACACCCGAGGCUCAUCACCGUUGCACCUUGCUGCAUGGGCAGGGCAUGCUGACAUUUGCAAACUUUUGCUCACUCAUCCCACAUUACCAGCAGAUCCCAAUGGUUUAACAGCAGAGAAUGAGACUCCUUUGCAUUUUGCUGCUCAACAUGGUCAUCUGACAACACUGAUCGAACUCUUGGCUCAUGGAGCUGAUCCCAAUGUCUUGAAUUGUCGGGAUGAGACACCACUGGAUCUUGGUGCACAAUAUGGUCGUUUACAAGUAGUACAAAUCUUGAUAAGAGCACACAACGAGCUUCUCCUUCCACUCAAAGCUACUUCAACUCCAAUCAAUCACACCGCCUUACAUCUUGCUAGUCGAAAUGGACAUCGUGACAUCGUUGACAUGUUACUUGCAGCCGGUUGUAAUGUAAACAUUCUAACACCAAACGGAAGUGCGCUUCAUGAAGCUGCACUAUGUGGAAAAGAAAAUGUUGUGAAGACUUUACUUCGUGAAGGAAUCGAUAUGGAUUUGAUGGAUUGUGAUGGACGAACGGUUUUUGAUUUAUUAGAUGAAUUUCCAGCUCAUGUUGUGAAUCGAAUUCGAAAUGUAAUUAAUAAUCAUCGACAGUCGAGUAUUUAUGAUAGUGAAUCAGAUGACUUACAUGAAAGUAUCGUCAGAUAUCAAAGACGUGGUCACAGUUCAUCUUAUAGUGGAUAUCAAGCAGGUUCUUCUUCGAAUAGCAAUCGAGGUGGAGGCGGUGGCGGGGGUGGAGGACGACAACAUCAACAACAUCAUCGUUAUCACGAGCAUUAUGAAACUUAUGGCGGGACAACAAGUCCAUCAUCAUCAAUGGGAAGUUUCGGUGGUGCUCCAAGUCCAACACCAAGCCCAGCUGGUGUUCUUGUCGCUAUAAGACCAAAGAAUUCUAAAUCAGCGCCGUUGAAACCUCCGAGGAAAUCUCAUUCAAUUUCACCGCCAACUCAUCCACAAUCACUCAACUUGAUGAGUCAUUCUUUAGACCUUGACUACGACAUUCGUCACAGUUCAAACGAUCAACUUGAUUGUUCAUCAUCAACAUCGUCAAAUAAUAAAAAACAAUCAUCAAAGAGUGGAAGCAAGCAGCGUGGACCUUAUGAGUUCCUUUAUUUGUCGCAUAGUGGUGAAUCUGAAGAUCAGCAUCAGCCACAAUCAAAGCCAAAGACAGCUGAAGAAGUUGUCGAGGAAAAGAUUAAGAACGAUGCUGAUUACAUCAUUAUGAACGCACCAAUAACAAUGCCAGAAAAUUACGAUGAUAAAAUUGUGAGAGUUGCAAAUCCACAUAGAAAACUUCGACGAUCUAAAGAUGGUUUUGGAAAUAUAAAUGAAACUGAAACUUUUGUUCAAAUUCGACGUAAUCCCAACGAACCACCAUUGAGUCCAACACAUUACCCUCAACCAGCGACACCCGAACAUGCACCACCAAGUGCAGGUGAAGCUGAACGCUACAUUCAUGAACGUAUCAGACCAUUGAGUCAGGAAUAUAAGAGGUGUUCCGGUAAAUUGGAUUUAAAUAAAUCACCCGCAUCGGCAUCAAGUGGCUCGCUGAGCUCUGUCUCUUUAUCAAGUUCAACAGACUGCGUUGAAGAGUAUCAUGGAGAUGCGCCUUUUGCUGGUCUCUUCAAAGGCUCGACGAUGACGUUAAAUAAUCAAAACACUUUUAAUACACAUUUGACAACAUUCUCACAAAAUAAUCACAAGCAAGACGAAGCUGUUCGCGCACAGAUGAUGACAAAUAACAACAACAUCAGUAGUAAUAAUAAUAACAAUAACAACGGCUCUAAUUUGGAGCGAGGUGUGAACAUGAUGAGUCCAUUUGAUGAACAAGAAGAAUGGGCAAAAAUAUCAGAAAUUAUGGAGUCGUUUGGGUCUGGCAUAGCAAGAGAAUCAGUAUUUGUAAACGAUAUUGAAAAUGAGUUUAAACAAAGAUUAGGCUUGAAAAAUGCAGAAUCAGGAGAAGCAGUUGGAAAAAGUGAUUCAAAGUUGAAUAGUCCGAUAAUUGAGGAAGAAAUCUCUGAGCUUAAGCGUUGGCUUAAUGACAUUAAAAUGGAACAUCUCGAAGAACAUUUAAUGGAAAAUGGGUACGAUGAUCCUCGAUACUUGAAUGGUUUAAUUUCCAACGAGAACGACCUUGAAGUAUGUGGCAUACCUGAACGUGAUCGUCAAUCUUUGCUUAAUGAGAUUGUAAAGCUGCCAAAACCACCUACGUUAAUGGAUGCGACUAAGAACAACAAAUUAAAUAACAAUCAGCAUCCUGUUCCUACGGUCGACCAGUGGUUGGCCUCGAUACAAUUGGAAGAGUACAUUGAUGUCUUCAAGAAGCACUUGUACAUUGACAUGGAGAAAAUUUAUCGCGUUUGGGAAAUUGAGCUUCAAGCAGUGUUAGAAAUUAACAAGAUAGGUCAUCGAAAAAGAAUUUUAUAUUCACUCAUUGGACAACGUAUCGAGCCACCGAAUAUCGAAGAGAUUAACGAUGAUUGUGGUUCGAACAGUGCUCUAGAUUUAUUAGCUGAUUCAAGUGAUAACAACAACACAACACCGCCUAAACCGGUACCGGCUGUGAAACCAACAACAUUAAAACGUCAUAAGAAAAAUCGACCAGCGCCACAGCCACCCACGCAAACAAACGGUUUGGAGAUAAGAGCGCCUGCGGAACUUCUGCUUUCUAAUCAAGGAAGUUUGCAAGCACAGUGGAAACAUUCAGCAGCCGCUUUGGUAUCGGGAUCAAUCAAAUAUGAAGUGUUUUAUCUUGGAUCGACUGUCAUAAAAGAACUUCGUGGAACAGAGUCGACAAGAAAAUCGAUUCAAAAGUUGAAGAAAGGUGGCGAUCGAGUGAUAUCAUCUGGUUCACCUAACAACACUUCUCUCAUACAAACGAUUAAGCGACCGGUUUGUCUUGCGAUCUCACACAAUGGCGUGCAGUUUAUUGACAUAGCCAGUCAGGGAAUGAUCUGUGAACACAGCGUGAAAAAUAUCGAUUGCGCUUGUCAAGAUGCUGAAGAUUUGUCCCAUUUUGCAUACAUUACCAAAGAUUUCGAGAAUAAUAUUCAUUAUUGUCACGUUUUUUAUGCCGACAGCAUGGAUCUUGCUACUGAAAUAAUUCUCACUUUAGGUCAAGCUUUUGAAGUUGCCUACCAGCUAGCACUUCGUGAAACUUCGUCAACACCAAGCAGUGUGGGUGGCAAACGACCAAUGUCACUUACCAGCACUACCUCAACAUCAGAUCACGGAUAAGCACCAACUUUUUAAACUUGCAAUCGUAAUUAGUUAAAACAAUAUUUAAUACAAAUUUCAUGGUACAUUUGAUAGACGAAAUUUUUUUCUGAACAAUAUGCGACGUUUUUUAAGCGCUGCUUGCGCAUUUUUGUGGAACCAAAAGAAAACAGCAUUUUUACGACUUUAAAGCUCAACCUACAUUUUUUUAAUGUUUUUUGUCGUGAAGUUGACACUUAACGACACAAUUUUAAAGCAAAUUAUGUAUUUGAAUGAUGAGAGCCGGAAAGAAAUAUUUGAGAGAAAAUAAUCAGCUUUAGAUAAAUCCUGAUGAAAGUAACACUACGUAGUAAUAUUUCAGCGUUUAAACUCUUUAUACAGUGGAGCUUCUUAAUAAUGUAGUAAAAUAAAUUUAUCUAACUCGUUAUAUUUAGGGAAGUUUCUUUCUUGAUAUCAUCGAUCGAGAAAAACUCAACAAACCAUCAAUACGACGAUUUUAUAUUUGUGUAAAGUUACAAGACAUAUAACUGAUUUUAAGAUUGACCAUAAUGAAAAGAGUUUGUAUUGUAAGCUUCAGCGUUUGAAGCUAAUUUACAAUUAUUGUAAAAGUGAAAUCGUGUAACGUGAAUGUAUCCAUAGAAUGUUUAAUUAACAGACAGAAAUAUCUUUCAUCUUUCUCGCAAUUAUUAAAUUUCAAAAAUUAUAAAAUUGACUUUACUGCUAAAAAUAUUUUCUUGCUAGAAACGUAAUAAUUUUACUCAAUUGCCAAAGUAAAAAAAUGAAAAUGUAUAAAUGUGAUUUGUGAAUUGAAAGAUAUUUGAGAAAGCAACUUUGGCUCAUUUAUGAAUAUAUUCAAAAUAAUAUAUUUUAAAGAAGUCAUUAGAAGAGAAAAGAAGAUAAAUAAGAAAGAAUGUUUAAGAGAAGUUAAUCAAACGAUAUAUUUAUGAUGAGAGAAUUAACAACAAACCUUGUGAUUGAAAGGAUUUUAAAAAUCGCAUUGAAUUUCAUUAUCGUAUCUAAUGUAAAAAACAUUUUUGUUAAAUAUAUCUUCCUUUUCCAUCAUAAAUUAUUGAAAAAAUGUUAUAAUCUUUGUUGAUUUGAUGAAAUUAGAGAAUAAUUUAUUUUCCAAAUUUAUGAACUUUUCGUAUACAUGCGAAUUAUUCGAAUUUCUGCUUUCGGAAUGUCAUGCGAUUGAUUUCGCAUGUAAAGCAUCAAUCUGCAUGCAUGCGGAAUCUCAAGUGAUAUUUUAGGAGGAAUGUCCAAAUGCGAAAUUUCAUUUCGGAAAAGUGUGCCACGAUUGCCCACGAUUUUAAGGUUUUCCGCAUUUGCCCAUUCACCCUGCUUUCAUUGAAUCAGUUCUUCUUAAUAUUUAAACAUUUAUCGCUGGAAUAUUUGAUAAAAAUAUAUAUUCGAAAUAAAAUUAAUGAACUGUUCUGGUUGUAAACUAAAAGUUAGUUAAGAUAAGGAAAAUGUUUUUGGCAAAGCUAAAAAAUCUUCGAUAUUUUAUUUUUUUUCUCUUUGUGGUAAAAUUUUGUAUUUAAAAAACAAAAAAAAUUCACCCUGCACAUGAUUUAUUUGAAUCUGUUGAUUGCAAUGAUAGAAAAGAUCAAAAUGUACCUUGUUAAAGUUUGAACUGACACAUCACUGCCCUAGAAACAAAUAAUCAAAAGCUGCAGGUUUCAUUGAGAUUAUCUGUCUUCUUAUGUAAGCACGUUUUCAAAACUAAUAAAAGUUUUUUACUUAUAUAACUUCUCAGUGCAAAAUCCACAAUAAAAUAAUGUAAUUAUUUUAAAUAAUUAUAUUAAUUAUAUCUUCCAAUUAAAUGAAGGUUGAGACUUUUUCAUUUUUGAUAGCCAGCAUAAAUCAUUUGAAAUUCAUUCAAUAUCAUUCGUUGUGUUCAUCUAACAUUAACUGGUCCAAAGCAAAUAAAAGAAGGAAGGGAAAACAGAGAACAUUUCUACAAAUAGAUAAAAACAAACUCUAACGCCAGACAAACAGAAAUUUAUUAAAUUAUAUUACAUAACUGAAUAUAACCAAUUUAUUGAUUGAAAUAGAAUCUAAAUUAGGAAGUUUAUGUGUUGAGUACGUCGAGAAUCUCUAACACAGAUUUUCUUUUUAAACAACAAAUCAUUCAUUUAGAUAUUCAGAAUGACAUCAUUUUUAAAUAUUCCCCAUUAACGCAAUUCACGCAAUCUAAAACAAAAAUCAUUUUAAAUAAUGGAAAAAUGUGGAAAUGUUGAGCUAUAAUGAAAACUUUCAACUUAUGCUUAUCGAGAGAAUGCCAAAAAGAAAAAUAAAGAACAGAAAAAGUUAAUCAAAAUAUUGCGACUUUCAAUUUCUUUUAUAAUUUGAUUAAGUUCGUUACAAAUAUUUUUAUUUUUACAUUAAGCGUGAUUUAAGCCAUCAUCAAGGAAUUGAUUAAAUUUAUUUCAUUAUCGUUUUAAGCGAUAUCGUGAUAAGAAAUGUUUUAUUUAUUUAUUUAAGGGAAGAAGAAGUUUGGAUUUUCUUUAAAAAUGCAUUUUAACAUAGUGGCAGCUGAUUCGCAGAAAUCUUUAAUACCAACUGAGACGUCUUUGCACACAUUAACUGCACGUCUCGUAUCGUCUUUAAGUUCAUCUGGCAGCAUUGUGUCGACCGACCUCAUCACUGCAUCGUAUUGAAGUUUUCCUUUCUUAAUAAUUUGGAUCAUUUCUAACACACAGUUGACGUAACAUUUCAGUUCUUUUUUAUCUUGGACUACUCCACUUCUUAGAUCACUAAGAGCAUCUUCACCGACUUUUGUUUUCGUAAUACAAACUUUUCGAAUAGGUUCAGUCGCUUGUUUCAUCUGUUCCACUGUUACCUUAGCACAAUUCACACCACAAAUUAUGAUAAAGAAUCCAAAAAUAUAAAUUGCAUUCGUUGACAUUUUCAAGAUGCUUUUAGCAAG